UGUACAUCGAGAUUCUACAAAUUGGCACAGUUGGUAGGAUCCAUAAAGAUGAACCCAGACAAGGACUGGCCACUAGAGCCGUUCAACGAUUCGGUAGGGCCUUCCGACAUGCGACGUGAAUGGGAAGAAUAGUUCAGAGCGUUCGAACUAAUUCUGGAACUCCGAAAAAUUUAUUCUCAACAUGACAAACUCAUACUUCUCUUGACACGAGGUGGUCGGGGACUCCAGCGCAUUUACUACAACUUACGCCCGGUACCCGACGAAGUUUUCCCUGAUCCAGUAAAAGUUCCAUUAUUGCCACCUGAGACACCAGAGUACGACAACGCGAUAAAACGACUAAGUCAUUUCUUCAUCGGAAAGAGAAACGAGCGCAUUGAAUUAGAAGUAUUCCGCUCCUUGAAGCAAUCAGCUGACGAAUCAUUCAGCCACUUCAUCCUGAAGCUACGUACACAAGCAACACGAUGUGAUUUUCAAGCCCGUGAGGAAAUCGAAAUUUUGCAUCAAGUGGCAAUGGGUGCCCGCGACGAACGAGUCAGAGACAAGGGACUCGAGGAUUCAAUGUGUCUGGAUGAUCUGACUAACUACGCGAUUAACAGGGAAAUAUUAUGAAAACAAAAAUAGAAGGUACGCCAAUUUAAGGACAAUGAAGGCGCUGGAGGGAUUGCCGCUAUCAAACAAGACUGGAGGAAGAAAGCCUCACCAUCAAGUUCCAGAUUCAAUGCGAGACGUUGGGACCAAAGCAAGCGCAAUGAACGGGAGUGCGAUAACUGUGGAUCGUGGAAGCACCAAAAGGACUCGCGUGAAUGUUCCGCUCGUACCGCCCGGUGCAACGAAUGUGGACGUAUGGGACAUUAUGCAAGAAAGUGCAGAGCAAGAAGAAUGAACAAGAAUGUCGAUAUGAGAAGCACUAGACCAAGCUGGCGUAAAUUCGGCGAAGCUAAUUCACUACGGGAGGAAGAUCGUUACCGCACCCGCCCGGAGAUCGAUGAGGCAUCUGCUCGUCGUCAAUCACCAACAACAUCGAAGGUGCACGAGAGGAACGACGGAAUGAUUACGUGUAAAAUCGAUCAAUUUCCCGUGGUCUUCUUAAUCGACUCUGGCGCGGCCAUAAAUACUAUCACGGAACAAGAUUGGCAAAAACUUAUAAAAAGUGGAGCAAAAAUAUAUAAGCAACGAUAUGAUUGUGAUCGGCAAUUCACUGCAUACGCAUGUCAGGAACCAUUGAAGGUUCUCAUGAUCUUUGAAGCAUGGGUUUCCAUUAACGAGUGCAAACCCAGAAGCUACGCUGAAUUUUUCGUUGUCCAGAGAGCAAAAAAGUCACUGCUAUGCAAGAGAACGGCGGAGGAUCUAAAGGUUUUGAAAGUUGGUCUCGAUGUGUCUAAUAUUGAAGUGAAAAGCGACGCUUUUCCGAAAUUUCCGAAUGUGCAAGUUAAGCUGUCGAUCGAUCCAAAUGUACCGCAAAGGAAAGUCGCUUACUUGCGCAUUCCAGUGGCUAUGGAGGAAAGAGUAGACCAAAAAAUUCUUGAGAUGUUGAACAGUGAUGUUAUUGAACCAGCUAUAGGUUCACCUGAAUAGAUAUCACCCAUGGUGGUAGUUCCAAAAGGAAGGAAUGAUAUUCGCUUAUGUAUCAAUAUGAAAUACCCCAACCAAGCUAUCAAGCGGGAGCAUUACCCACUUCCCAUGAUAGACACAUUGUUAAAUAAGCUCCGAGGAUCAACGUACUUCUCUAAGCUCGAUAUAACAUCUGCAUUUCAUCAUGUCGAGCUCCAUCCAGACUCCCGUGGAAUUACCACGUUCAUGACAAGCA